AUGACAUUAGACAACGAAGACAUUAACAAAAUAAGAUUAAACAUUGCACCACCCACAGGGAUAAAAAGACCGGCGCCUUCUACAUCAACCCCAUCUUCCCCCCCUUCUUCUCCUGAUAACGAAACCUCAAAUGUCUUCUCAAUGGAUCAUACUUCACAAAAUUUAAACGAAAACGAUAAUUCAGAUUGGACAGUAAAAACAACAAAAAAAAAACGAAAGAGAACCCCUUCUCUUGAACAUUUCAUCGCUAACCUGAAUAUAAGCCUAAAACCAGCAGAAAAAUUUUUUGAAAGAAAAACCUUUAUAAUCCUUUAUAUCCCACCUGAUUACUCUUUUAAGUAUUUCUACAUAUUCCUAUUAUUAACUAAGUAUAAAAAAUAA